AUGGCUGCCGCCGGUCUGGGAGGAGAGCGUUUGACACUGCCGACGGUACCCAAGUCACCGUCACUUGCGCCACGUCCAGCCGCUCCCAUGAGAGGGCGGCCUAAGAAGUGUCUGGUCUAUCCGCAUCCCCCGAAGAGCUCCCGCGUGUCUCCGUCGGUUCUGCGCUGGCUCCAGGGCCUGGAUCUCAGCUUCUUCCCCAGAAACAUCAGCAGGGAUUUUUCAAAUGGCUUCCUGAUAGCAGAAAUAUUCACUGUACACGACCCCUGGGACCUUAAAUUGUCAUCCUUUAAAAAUGGAACUUCUUUAAAAGUCAAGUUGGAUAACUGGGCACAGUUGGAAAAGUUCCUGGCGAGAAAAAAACUUAGAUUACCUAAAGAACUAAUCCAUGGAACAAUUCUUUGUAAAGCCGGAGUACCUGAAAUACUGAUACAGGAGGUGUACACCUUGUUAACACAUCGAGAAAUUAAAAGUAUCUAGGAUGACCUUGUGAAUUUCACAGACUACAGUUACCAGAUGCAGUUGUCCCUGGUCCCCAGAUCGACAGCUUCAAAGUCUAUUAAAGAUAACAUUAGGUUAUCAGAAUUAAUAGGCAAUCCGAACAAGCUCAACAAUGAACGUAAAGUAGAGUUCCUCUUCCUUUUACAAAUGUUGCAAAGAAAAUUGAGCAGAAAACUGAAUCCAGAAUGGUUUGAGGUCAAACCAACAGUGGGAGAAUCGACUUUCAGUCAAGGUCCUGCCCAAGCCUCUGGGUGCAAAUGUAACUCAGUCGUUUCGAAGGAAAUAGUUGCCCCUGUUACACCAAAUACAGGUAAUGGUGGCAAUCCACUUAAAGAAAUUCACAUGAAGCAAGCUGGAAAACAUUCUUUGGACUCUAUGAAACCUAUCAGAAACAUGGAAAAGGAACCCAGAAGAGCACCUGUCUAA